CCAGCGCGCUUCACUUCCGAUCAGCUGAGGUUCAGCUGACGCCGCUCCGUUUGUUUACAACUCGCCAGCGGGCACAGGGGCUGUAAUCGCAUUUUUUUGGACGAUAUUCACAUUUGUAAUAAUUUAAUUUGUAUAAUUCGGACCAAUCGUGCUUCGCAGUGUGAAAAAAUUGCUGCUGAAAUGUAAAAACACAGCUGAUCCGACGUGCUUUGGGAUUUAAUGCUCAAAAUAAUAUCAAUUAUUAAAAAAUGAAAAACGUAACUCUGAAAAUAACAAGCGGAAUAUUUAAUCUUAUUCAUAAAAACGGAUAUGAUCUUGUAAUAUAGGCAAAACAGCAGGGAUCUGGUUCGGUCUAAAAUGUGCAGCUGUUUGUUUCAGUUGUUUACAAGCAUAAAUGUUAAUUAAAUAAUUAAGACACGUGUUACAUCUGAUAAAAUGUAUUCAAAACGAGUCACAGUCUGAUUUGUGCCUUGCGUGUGCCAUGCGGCUUAUUUGUGUCAGAUGAGUUUCAAUAAAGUUUCGCGUUUUGAACCAUCAUGGCGACGUACACGGUCCCUGCAGCUGUCAGAUGCUCACUAAAUGUUUUAUUAAGAGACACUGUUCUGACCUCUAAGAUAAUUUGCCGACUGUCAGUUAUCUGCACCGGAAAAGGUUACACCAGUUGGAGGACAUGCAGUUCAUCCGCAUCAUCCUGCUCCUCUCCUGCAGCAGAUAUCAGUGCCCUCAGUGGACACUAUGAUCGCCUGGUUCAGUCUGGCUCUCUGAGGAAAGAUGCUGAGCAAGGAAAAGUUCUCAGGCAGCUGGGUGAGCUGCAGCACAUCCUUAAGAACUACAGUAACAGCGUGUACUUGAACCCACCUCCACCGAGGCUUGACUCUAAAGAUGACGGCAGUCAGCUUCCAAAACAUAAAGAGCCCCACGUCACAACAGCUGGAAACAAAUGUGGAGGCUCUGCUGCCGAGGAGGAACCAGCUCCAGCACCACCUCCGCCUCCACCCCCACCCAAAGGCUUCUAUAUCUAUGGAGAUGUUGGCACAGGGAAGACCAUGCUCAUGGAUAUGUUUUACUCCCGGGUGGAAAACACUCAUAAAAAGAGAGUCCACUUCAACGGCUUCAUGUUGGACAUCCACAAAAGGAUCCAUCGGAGGAAACAAAGCCUGCCAAAACGAAGGCUAGGGAAAAUGUUCACCUAUGACCCCAUAUCGCCGGUUGCCAUGGAGAUCAGCAAUGAAACCUGCCUCUUGUGUUUUGACGAGUUUCAGGUGACAGACAUUGCUGAUGCCAUGAUCCUGAAGCAGCUGUUCGAGACGCUGUUCAAGACUGGAGUGGUGGUGGUGGCCACCUCCAACAGAGCCCCUGAUGAUCUGUACAAAAACGGACUUCAGAGGGACACCUUCCUACCUUUCAUCGACAUGCUGAAGGAGUACUGCCACACCAUCUGCCUAGAUGCGGGGAUUGACUACAGGAGGCUGGACAGCGCUGCAGCAUGGAAACUCUACUAUCUCUCAGGGGAGCCUGGUGCGGAGACCUUCUUGGAUGCGCUUUUCGAGGAGCUGGCCUUAAGUCAAAAGAGUGUUACCGGCCCUAGGACGCUCACAGUGCUGGGCAGAGACGUCACUCUGGCAAAGACCUGUGGCUCCAUCGCCGACUGUACUUUUGAUGAGCUGUGUGGCAGACCUCUUGGUGCCAGUGACUACCUGGAAAUAGCACAGCACUUUGACACCGUAUUCAUCCGCCAUGUUCCCGUCCUGACUCUGACCCUCAAGGACCAGGCUAGACGCUUCACCACCCUCAUAGACAGCUUCUACGACAACAAGGUGAGAGUGGUACUGCUGGCGGCCUCUCCUUUGGACCGGUUGUUUGUCCACACAGGAGGGGACAAUGAGAGGGACAGACAACUGCUGGAUGACCUUGGCCUCAGCGGGGACGCAGCGGAGCACCUGACUCUGUUCACAGCCGAGGAGGAGAUCUUUGCCUCCCAGAGGACCGUCUCCAGACUGAUGGAGAUGCAGACGGAGUCAUACUGGAUUAGAGGAGACCGCAGUCACAGCAAGAAACACACCAACACCUGACAUCCACUCCUGACUGCCUGACAGUCAUAUAUACCUCCAGACAACACAGUACCUCACCAACUACUGACACUACGCAAGAGGAGGUCCUGUUUAAUAACAGAAAAGGCCCCAGUAUAUGCAGGAAGCAGCAAAGUAAAUAUAUAACAAAACUAGAUUCGAUCAGACUUCCCUUCAUCUUAUACAUCUGUUACCCCAUUUUACUGUUCGGUCCUCUUCUCAGAGGUGUGCUCUCUCCCCCUUGUGGACUGUUUAUUUUUAAGAAUAUGAAAACCUCUUCAACGUGUGUGAACCACAAGGCAAACAGGUGCUCACUUCAGGGAGAGGAGAGGAGCCAAGUGUCCGUCAGAGUAGUUGGCUACUGCCCUCUAGUGGGUGAAUGACAGAAAGGUCAAAUAUUCUCAAUGAAACAAUAUCUGUCUCUGUGCAGCUUUGAAUGAAACCUUUACUAUAUAAAGCCCGGUAUCAAUUUAAAAUGAUUUUCAUGAUGUAAUUCCAUCCAUGAAGGUCAGCAGCUGUUAGAUUAUCAUUGAUGUAUUCCAGGUUUGGAUUCUUAAUCAAGAAGAAGUCGUCUUGAUUUUGAUGGUUUGACUACUGUUUUUUUUUUUUUUUUUUAAACUGUACUAACUGAGAGGGGAAAUGUGUCUUGCAUUAUUACAGUGAUUAUCAUACACAACUUUAAACUUUGCAGUAAAACUAAUACAAUAUAAUAAAACUGUGAAAACAAACAGUUCUGAAGGGGGUCGUGCAGAUUUGUACAAAAGAUCAACAAUUGAAUCUGAUUUAAAAAAUGCACACCGACACAAAAAAAUAUGCAUAAGACAUGAUACCAAAAAACGCCCCUUCAGUUGCUAAAACUUAAACUUUAUUUUAAAGGAACAGUGUGUAAGAUAGAGGGGGAUUUAAUGGCAUCUAGCAGUGAGGGUUGCAGAUUUCAAUCAGCUGAAACUUGUCCCAGUUCGAAUUCCUUCAGUUUUCAUUGCUCAGAAGGUUUUUUCGGGGAGCUGAAUUAUCCACAUGGGUGUCCUCCUCUCCAAAACACAUGGCCUAGCUGAUGUAAACUGGUAAAAACACUGAAUAAAGCAGUUUAACAUCACAAAUCAGUGUUUCAGGACAUCUCAGACAGGCUACUAGUCCAGCACCUACUCAUAUGUGCUAACCUUCGCCCUGAGCCACACAUUCGGGAGGUUUUUACCAGGAGCUGAAUUAUCCACAGAGGUCUCUCUUCUCCAAACCAAACUGAUUAAAACUGGCAAAACACUGAAUAAACCAGUUUCACAUUACAAAGCAGUGUUUUUCCAACACUGCUUGAUACUCACUACAGUGGCCAACGCGAAACUGUGAAUGGCCCCCUCUAAAGCCAGUGUUUGGUUUGUCUGUUCUGGGCUACUGUAGAAACAAGGCAGCGCAACAUGGCAGACUCCAUAGACGAGGACCCGAUCCUUAAAUAGAUAUAAACGGCUCAUUCUAAAGCAACAAAAACACAACAGUUCUUAUUCUCAGGUGAUUAUACCCCAAACAAAACAUUUUUUAUUAUAUUGUUUUUAUUUUAUUCCAGUAUAUCUCCCUAAAUCCUACACAGUGGACCUUUCAUUGCAAAAGGUAAAAAAAAAAAAAAAAAAAAAAAAAAACUUUUUUGGGUCAUAUUAAAUGAAAUGUUUUCUUUUUGCAUCUGAGGAACUUUUUUGGAUGAUAUGGAACAAAAAUAAAUAAAUACUGGAGCCAUGCAAAAAUAAUAUUGCACAAUAUAGAUUCUGUUGUAGUGUGUUUUUAUGAUUCUCUGUCUAAUUUAACACAUGAAAAACUAACAUUGUGUCAGCCAAAAUAACCGCAACAUUAAAGCUGUAAUAUAGUUUAAAGCAGUAGUUCCCACUUGUUGGGUCGUGGUCCAAAAGUGGGUCAUGGACCAUUCGGAAUGGACCACAAAUGACUCCCAAAGGUGUCAAGUUUGUUAUAAACAAAUUUUAUUUUUAAGUACAGUGUAUUUCAGGCACAGAGUUUUGUGGUGAAAUGCUGUUUCCUGCUGUAGAGUGAGUGACUAAUGGACAGAUACUGAACAGAGACAGCAAACUAGCUCUACGGCAUGGUGAUGUAUGUAGUAUGAUGCUAAAUAUGUUAAACUGUGUGGACCUCAAACUAAUGACUAAGGAGAAAUCUUGACCCUGGAGCUGGAACAGUUGGGAACCAGUGAUUUAAAGUAUACUGGGUAAUCUCAUUCAGUAUUCAUAUGCUCACAUUGUGAUGCUGAUGUUGAUACAAUAUAUUACUCAAGCCUUAUAAACACCUUCCUAGCUCUUCAUCUGCACAGUGUAUUAUGUGGUUACAGAUAGACAUUUUUACCGUCUUACUGUGUUGUGUUGAUACUUCUUCCUGUUUGCCAGUAGGUGGCAGCAGAGGGUAAUCAAUUGUUACAAGGUUUGUUAUUGCGUCCAUCUGAGGAUGAGGUCAUCCUAGUGCACCACUCCAGCCUGGACCAGCCCGCCCUGACAACUACAGUGAGAACUGUGAGCAGCACCUACAGAAUCCAAGCCAAGAGCGUUACAUAAGAUUCUGUGUCUGCACCAAGUAGCAACAGUACAAAAACACCACAGUAAAAACAAAACUCAUUAUAUUCAGAGACAGUGAACGACUCAGCGUGUGUGUGUGUGCAGGUGUGUGGGUGUGCGCACGGAUGCAUGCACGACGUGUAUCAUUAAAAAGCGCUUGAGUGGGUAGCACGGCCCCCAAGACUUUUCCACCAUAACUGUCAAUUAAAGGAAAAUCAAUCACGCCCAUAUGCCAAGGCCCCUAAUCCAAUCAGAGCACUAUGCUGCUUGGGGGAAACAUCAGACACAAACAGAAAUGGCCGCCGUGCUUUGUGAUUGUCUUAAUUGGGUGACUCACGCUGGCUUAGAGGGGUGGUCGCAGUCUGCACCCUCUCUGGACCACAGUCUUGACACCCCAUGCUGACACAGGGAAGAUGGAGCAGCUCACCCUUUGACGCUUUCUCAUUGUCUUAUCAGUUAAAAUGGGAACAGAUGUGAAUAAAAAUAUUAAUAGUAUGGCUUCUGCUUUUACAGUCAGUCUAAGCAAAGUUGGAUAAAUCACAAGAAGUCUUAAAAUGUGCAUUAUAGGUUUGUAAGGCUUUGAUGUUAGAAGGUCUGUCAAACAUGGAUGAAAUGGAGUUGUCAUAGGGCAGAGUUUUGUUGCUCUAACCUGAAAUAGGUCACUAAGUGUGUAAGUGUUAAAUGAGUUCCUGGUAAAGAAAAAACGUAAUAAAACAA